AUGGCAGAGGCCGGCGACCCCACCCUGGAGCAGGGGCUCCUCGCUAACCCGGAGGAAUCGAACCAACUUACAUACACUGGAGAUGGAUCUGUCGACUUUUCGGGAAACCCUGUCGUGAAGGAGAAAACUGGCAGAUGGAAGGCAUGCCCAUUCAUCUUAGGUAAUGAAUGCUGUGAGCGGUUGGCCUAUUAUGGCAUCUCGACAAACCUUGUGACUUACUUGACAAAAAAACUACAUGAUGGUAACUCCUCUGCUGCUAGAAAUGUGACUACAUGGCAGGGAACUUGCUAUUUGACUCCCCUUAUUGGAGCUAUCCUGGCUGAUGCAUACUGGGGGAGGUAUUGGACGAUCGCAACGUUCUCCACAAUAUACUUCAUUGGGAUGUCAGUACUGACUCUUUCAGCAUCAGUUCCUAUGCUCAUGCCUCCAUCUUGUGAAGGAGCCAUUUGCCCAGAAGCCAGUCCUUUGCAGUAUACCGUAUUUUUUCUUGGUCUUUACCUAAUUGCGCUCGGCACUGGUGGAAUCAAGCCAUGUGUCUCAUCUUUUGGAGCGGAUCAAUUUGAUGACACAGAUCCAGCUGAGCGAAUCCAGAAGGGGUCUUUCUUCAAUUGGUUCUAUUUUUCAAUAAACAUUGGUGCCCUUAUAUCAAGCAGUUUUCUGGUUUGGGUGCAAGACAAUUUAGGAUGGGGAUUAGGCUUUGGCAUUCCGACCGUAUUCAUGGGUCUUGCCAUCAUAAGCUUCUUUGCCGGCACCUCACUUUAUAGAUUCCAAAAGCCAGGUGGCAGUCCUAUCACACGAGUAUGCCAGGUAGUUGCUGCCACUUUGCGCAAGUGGAACGCACCUGUUCCAGAGGACAGCUCUCUCUUGUACGAGCUAGCAGAUGGGGUUUCAGCAAUCGAAGGGAGUCGGCAAUUGGAGCACACUGAUGAACUCAGAUGUCUGGACAAGGCGGCUACAAUUACUGAUCUUGAUGUGAAAGAAGAUAGCUUCAACAACCCAUGGCGGGUGUGCACCGUCACCCAGGUGGAGGAACUGAAGAUAUUGGUAAGGAUGUUCCCUGUCUGGGCAACAACAAUUGUGUUUUCGGCCGUCUAUGCUCAGAUGUCCACCAUGUUUGUGGAACAAGGGAUGGUGCUUGAUCCAACAAUCGGCUCAUUCAAGAUCCCUCCAGCAUCUCUAUCCACCUUCGACGUGGUCAGUGUCAUUAUAUGGGUUCCUAUCUAUGACAGCAUCCUGGUCCCAAUAGCCAGGAGGUUCACCGGCAAGGAGAGGGGCUUUUCAGAGCUCCAGCGGAUGGGCAUCGGCCUGGUAAUCUCCAUCCUCGCAAUGUCAGCAGCCGCGGUCCUCGAGAUAAAGAGGCUGGCCAUCGCCAGGGAGGCGCACCUGGUGGACCAGAACGUCCCGGUUCCGCUGAGCAUCCUGUGGCAAAUCCCUCAGUACUUCCUGGUCGGCGCCUCGGAGGUGUUCACCUUCAUCGGGGCGCUCGAGUUCUUCUACGACCAGUCGCCGGACGCCAUGCGGAGCCUCUGCAGUGCGCUGCAGCUCAUCACCACCGCGCUCGGGAACUACCUCAGCGCCUUCAUCCUCACGAUGGUCGCCUACUUCACGACCAGGGGAGGGAGGCCCGGGUGGAUCCCUGACAACCUCAACGAGGGGCGCCUUGAUUACUUCUUCUGGCUGCUCGCGGGGCUCAGCUUUCUCAACUUUUUGGUGUACGUGCUGUGCGCCAACAGGUUCAAGAGCAAGAAAGCGGCUUGA